AACACAACAAAAUCCACGUUCUUUUCUCUCGGCACUUGUCUUCUUCCACUGGAACAAAUGGAGUUGCUACCACUCCUAGACCGCCACAAUUAUGCAUUUCCACUUCUAACUUCUAAGACCACCACUAGUUUUUAUCCUUUGCUUCCACUUGAUCUCUUCCGCCUGCAGAAGCGUUUCUUCCGUGAGAUUUGUGCGAUUUUGUUUUGGCUGGGUUUCUUGUGGGGCAGGCGGCGAGCCUGCGAGGCAAGGCAAAGCAGGGCAGCAAAAGUUCGAUCUUUAUCGGCUGGAUUCCUCUCCUCUCCUCUCUCUCUCUCUCCCCGCUUCCGUUGUGCCUCGUUGUUGAGACCCACUUCCCUUUCUUUCUCUCUCAUCCCCCUUCCAACUCCUCCUGGUCCCUGGAAAAAGGAGAUCUUUUGGUGCAAGAUUCGAUCUGCUGUUACCGCCUUGCUGCGCAGAUAUUUGCUCCUUUCUUGGUCUGUUUCUUGGUUGGUUCUUGGCUGGUGUGGGCAGUUCUUGAUUCAGGCUCUGAUUGAGGUGGUGAAUGAUUGUUCCAAGGUCGAGGUUGCUGUUUCUGGGGUGAUCCUUGGUGGCGGUGGCCUCCGUUAAUCCGUUCAUCUGGGAGGUUUUGGUUGAUGUGGUGUGUUUUCCCGGAGCUCAGUUCCCCAAUCCGCCAUUUUGAUGAGGAGUUCUUCCCACUGUGAGAGCAACUGCGCUCCCCCCUUGUGCUACCUCCCCUGCCUCCCCAAAUCCAAAGAUGAUGCAGGCAGCGAUCCGGUGUCCGAGUCUCCAAGCCCGGCCGCUGUCACCGAGGACAAGCCGCCUCUGGUCCAGAAGAUUGAGGCGGCUGCGGCGGCGACGGCCGGCGAUGAUGAGGAGGGUUGUUGUAAGGAGGUGGCGGUGGCUCCGAAGAGUAGCCUGAAGAAGGCUAACUGUGUGGACAACAAGAAUGUGGUGAAAGGCAAUGUGAAGUGGAUGGAUUUGCUGGGGAAGGAUCUCACACAUGUCAAAGAAUUCGAGCCGAGCGAAUCUGGAGACUCGGACGACGAAGACGGCAAUGUCUGCACCUGUGUCAUCCAAUGAGCCCAGAGUUCUCCACUGUAAAUUCUGUGAAGAAAAAGAAAAAAGAAAAAGAAAACAUAAUUGUCCGAGUCAGCCAUUAGUCCUUGUCAGUAGAGACUAGAGAGACCCAUUGUUGCGUGUGUUGGUAUCCGGAUGCCAUCAAUGGUUUGUGUUGUGUUUUAUCAGCAGCUUCAACUGUAAAAUGUUGUUACAAAUGCAUACCUUUAGAAGAUUCCUGCCAAAUCAGUCAUUUUCCUAUCUGAA